UAAAUUUGACGGUGAUCGACGCGAAGUCCAUCGAAACUGAAACUUCUCGCCCGUACCGAGAAAUUCAAUUCGAGAAGAUUCACCAAUUUUCCAUAACUUUGCAGAGAUCGCGAGACAGAAGCCAACGACGCACAGAAUGGACGCGGAAAAGUUGGAAGAGCUGAAGCAAUUUGUGAGCCAGUGCAAAUCGAACCCUUCACUUCUCCACGACCCUUCUCUCGGCUUCUUCAAGUCCUAUCUCCAAGGCCUGGGAGCUCGGAUUCCGGUACAACCCAAAACGGAAAAGGGUGGUGAUAAAAUGCCAGACACUAAGGAACAUUUUGAUGCCAAAAAUACAUAUAAUUCAACUGAGGAUAAUGAUGACAUUGUUGAGUCUGAUAUUGAGUUGGAUGUUACUGAUGUUGUGGAGCCUGAUGAUGAUACUCCACAAAAGAUGGGAAACCCUUCAGUUGAAGUUACGGAAGAGAACCGGGAAGCUGCACAAGUAGCAAAAUCAAAAGCUAUGGAUGCUCUCUCUGAAGGUAAGCUGGAUGAAGCCAUAGAUCAUCUAACAGAAGCAAUUGUGCUGAACCCAACAUCAGCAAUAUUAUAUUCAACAAGAGCUAGUGUCUUUGUCAAAUUGAGCAAACCGAAUGCUGCAAUCCGUGAUGCUGAUACAGCUUUGGAGAUCAACCCUGACUCGGCAAAAGGAUAUAAAGUACGAGGAAUGGCAAGGGCCACGUUGGGCCGGUGGGAAGAGGCAGCAAAAGAUCUGCAUAUAGCGUCAAAGUUGGACUAUGAUGAGGAGAUUGGUUUGGUUCUUAAAAAGGUCGAACCAAAUGCCCGGCGAAUUGAAGAGCAUCGCAGAAAAUAUGAACGCUUGCGCAAAGACAGGGAACUUAAAAAGGCUGAACGUGAGAGGCAACGGCAGCAAGCUCAAGCACAGGAUCAAGAUGCAUUGUCUGCUUUAAAGGAAGGGGAAGUUAUUGGUAUUCACUCUGUAAGUGAACUGGAAAAAAAGACUGAUGCUGCUUCAAAGACAUCUCGCCUAGCAAUCCUGUACUUCACUGCAACAUGGUGUGGUCCCUGCCGUUUCAUUUCACCCCUUUACACAAGCUUAGCUGGGAAGUACCCAAAAGUUGUUUUCUUGAAAGUUGACAUAGAUGAGGCCAGGGACGUGGCUUCACGCUGGAAUAUUAGCAGCGUUCCGACCUUUUUUUUCAUAAAAAAUGGAAAGGAGGUGGACCAGGUUGUUGGGGCUGACAAAAAUGCUCUUGAAAAGAAGAUUGCACAGCAUGCAAGCAAGAUGUGAGAGCCAAAUUGAUGAAAUAAGGAAGCCAGUAUUUCUUCUCGUCUUCUGAAUACUGUGCCUUUUUCUAUAAUGUCGCUCAUGAAAGAUGUGUCUGAUGAUGGUACUGGUUUCUGGUAAAUGACUUGCUGAAUUGUGUUGCUUGGGUUAUAGCAAUAAGAGAUUAAUUUAUGUUUUCGGUGACUACAA